AAUGAACAGAGCAGAGGCUGGCUAAGAUUUUAUUGCUGAAAGUUAUUCGGAUUCUAAACAAAGUCCAUUUACAAAAUUUUACUAUAUUGAAAUAUAUUUAUAUGUGCACGAGUUUCGUAGUAGCCUCGGGAGUGAUUGGUAGUAUUAUAACCUAUAGAAAUGAACUUUUGUAAUGGUUUCUCUAUCCUGUAAUUUCUAGUAAGAAGUAGUGAUUCUAAAAGAAGUAUUGUUUACAUUCUGUGAAGUGCAUCGUUAAGGAGUUAUAGUCUUGUCUGAGUUGUAUUGUAGAAAUUACGGAAUUCGUGAUUACUACCGAUUAUGUGGAAAACAGUGGCUUUGUGUGUAAAAUGUAUUUAAAGCAGAGUAAUUUAAUUACAAAGUGUUUUUGUGGUGAUCGUGUUCGUAUUCGGAUGUUACCGUAGGAUUGCCAUGUCCAGGCUUGUUGACUACUUCGUUAUUGUGGGAUUUGACCACGAGAAAGAAAGGGGCGGCCUGAGCAACGGCAUUAUACUUCAACGGUUCCCGGAGACCAACUGGGACGACACUCCAUUUCACGACGGAAUAGAAUGGUUUUGCCAGCCACAAGGAUGGGCGCUCUCGACGGAGCGUUCGGAGCCCCGCUUCUACGUGUCCGUGCUGACAGAUGUGGAUGCCAACAGGCACUACUGCGCUUGCCUCUGUUUCAACGAGACCGUCGCCAUCACACCCACCAAGCCGGCAGACGAGGACGAAGAGUCCCUGGACUCGGUGAGGCCUGUGGCCAACAUCACCCACCACAGCAUCAUGUACGCGCCCAAAUGUCUCGUCAUCGUCUCCCGCCAGGACUACAUCGACACUUUCAAGAACUGCCUGGGCAUAAUCUACACCGUAUGGGUGGAGAACCUGGGCGUACCCCUGGAGACCCUGGUGGGCAAUCUUCUCGGGUGCGUCCAGGUGCCGGGCGCCGGCGGGCCGCAGGUGCGCUUCAGCAUCGGCGCGGGCGACCGCCAGGCGCUGCAGCCCCCGGCGGCGCCGCCGUUACCUGUCACACACACCUCUGUGCACAUGCUUUUGAGACUACUAGGCAUUCACAACUCGGUGACCCUAUGGUGUGCGGUGAUGAGCGAGCACAAAGUUUUGCUAGUCUCACUAGCAGCUGCCAGACUAGCGGCCGCUUGCAGAGCGCUCGCGGCGCUAAUGUUCCCGUUUCGAUACGCGCACGUUUAUAUACCACUGCUGCCCGCGGGCUUGGCUGAGGUGCUGGCCACGCCCACGCCGUUCCUGAUCGGCGUACACUCCAGUUUGAAGGAGGAGGUGUCUGAGUUGCUGGACGUAAUAGUAGCAGACCUCGACGUAGGCUCUCUCCACAUCCCAGUCGGUGUGAACAUCCCGCAGCCGUCUGGCACUUUACUAUCCGCGCUGCAAAACUCGCUAGCGUUAGUGCUGCAGGGGGAGCUGCGCAGCGCCGACUCGGCCUUCGCCUCCCCACCACCCGCGCCCUCCCCUCCACACAUGCUGGACAAGGAGCUGCGCGCCAUCUUCAUGCGGACGCUGGCCAGAUUACUGCAGGGAUACAGGCAUUGCCUGACCAUAAUCCGCAUACAUCCAUCGCCAGUACUUACGUUCCACAAGCUCGGAUUCCUGGGACGACGCGGCUUAUCGACGUGUCCAUUCGCCGUACGACUUCUGGACUCGAUGUUCUUUAACGGAUUGGUAGCAGAAAGGGGACCGCCUUGGAGAGCCACAGAUGUCUGGGAUGAUCUACUGCAAAACCUUCCAGAACAGCUUCGACUCGAGGGACUGAACCCGGAGUUGGAGCUGCAGCACAUCCAGGAGCUCGCCAUGCAGCUGCACCUCAACGAGAACCCAAAUCCGCAGGCGUACCAACAGCGCGUAUUGCGUCCACCAGAGGGCGCGUCUGCCAGAAUUCAUCAACCCCCGCUGCCCACACUUGACGCCGCCAAGGUCCGUGACGUCAUCGCCGACGUCACCGCUCGCAACGCCGCCACUAAUAAGUUAUCAAUACGCGCGCCGCAGCCGCGUAUAGUUCCGCCUGCAGCGCCUCCUACCGGAGCUUCGGAACUGUCGCAUGCACUACUCACCAACUCUGCGAGAAGACUAGAAGUGGUACGUGGUUGCGUAUCCGCGAUAUUCGAGUGCCGUUACGCGGACGCGCGCAAAUCGUUCCCGGCGGUUUUACGGGCGUUACGAGCUCCUGCCGCACGCGCCGCUUUAACGCGCCAUCUAGCGGCUCGGCUGCCUACUAACAAGCAUCUGCUGCACCAUCACCAGUUCGAUUUAGUCGUCAGGUUGAUGAACUGCGCUCUUCAGUCGACAACGGCGUUGGACGAACAUUCCAUUGCGGCAGCCAUGUUACCUUUAGCCACCGCGUAUUGCAGGAAAUUGUGUACUGGCGUCAUCCAGUACGCGUAUAUGUGCAUACAGGAACACCAAGUGUGGACAAGUCAGCAGUUCUGGGAAGCAGCCUUCUACCAGGACGUACAGAGAGAUAUAAAGGCGCUCUACCUGCCUAGCCCCACGCAUCACCAAAGGGUACCCAGUCCGAGGGAGGAUGAAGAGUAUCUUUCCCUUUUGAAAGCUCAGGAGCCCAGCGCCUUAGAGAUCGCCGCAGAACAAAUGAGGCUUUGGCCCAGUCUACCACCAGAAAAACAGAAGGAGUUAAUAGCGAGCGAAGAGUCCACGUUGUACAGCCAAGCUAUCCACUACGCGAACAGGAUGGUUUAUCUGUUACUGCCGCUAGAGGGUGCUGGACGUCGCGCUGACGUCAGAGGAGACGAGGCUGAUAGAGCCAGCAAUAGUAUCACUAAUAGCGUAGCAGAAUCCGACAGCGCUGACGCGGAGUCUGGCUUCGAAGAGGCUGACCCCGGCGAGGCGGGCAACAACGUCAUCAAGAUGGUAUCCCGAUUUGUAGACAAAGUAUGCACAGAAGGCGGGGUGACCGCAGAACACGUGCGAUGUUUACACCAGAUGAUUCCAGGUGUCGUUCACAUGCACAUGGAGAGUUUGGACGCAGUGGCCCGCGAGAGCAGACGUCUGCCGCCUGUACAGAAGCCGCGUAUCGUAGCCCCGGCUCUAGUGCCGGGUGAAACGCUCGCGGGGCCGGCGUUGCGAGCGUUCUUAGUGCCGGACGGUAGGACCGCUCCUCUCUUGCCUGCAGAGGGCGCUUUGUUCCUCACUAACUACAGACUCGUAUUCAAAGGCACGCCCACCGAUCCGUUCGCUUGCGAACAAACAGUAGUGCGUUCGUUCCCAGUAUGCUCUCUCACUCGCGAGAAAGCAGUAAGGACGCACUACCUUCCACACCUGGAGCAGUCACUACAAGAAGGACUGCAGCUUCGCUCUGCCACCUUUCAGCUGAUCAAGGUGGCUUUAGACGAGGAAGUGAGCGGGGAACAAGCUGAAGCAUUUCGUAAACAACUGACCCGUUUGAGGCACCCGCCCCACCCGUUACUACAUUUCGCCCUCGCACCAAGAGCGCCACCCCCGCCUCAACACCAUCCGCCGAAACAUCAUACUUUGAAGGGUUUCGCCAAGAAGACUCUGCUGAAGACUGCCAGGAAGGCUGGCUUGAAGCCGAAACCGUCCAAGCGACAGAAAUACGUGUUGCCUUCGGCCGACGCAAGAUCUCUCACCUCGCCGCCUCUCAUGUCUUCCCUAUCCGCCGAUACGUUAUCAUUAGAGGAACUGGAGUUAGCCAGUGAAUCGGGCGAGCCAGCGGCGGGUAGAACGCUAGAAAGAUUGAGGGAAAGGGCCUAUGCCAGGGACUGGGCUAGACUAGGGCUCGCCGCGAUGCCCUAUAGGCUGUCUCACGCCAACGCCCUCUAUACGCUGUGCAGAAGUUACCCAGCCGUGAUACCAGUCCCCGAGAGCGUGGGCGACGAGUCUCUACGCAGAAUAUCUCGAUGUUACCGCCAAGGAAGGUUGCCUGUACUCACGUGGCGACAUCCGAGAACGCACGCGUUACUGGCCAGAUCGGCAGCUCCUCAUCACAAGGGUGUAAUGGGAAUGUUAAAGGCUACUCAUCCAAAUCCUGCGGCAACACAAGGCGGCACCGAGACAACAUCUAGCAUAGAACAGGAACGUUAUCUAGCCACAUUAGCUUCGUGUACUCCGACGCGGACAGAACUAGCGGACUCCAGCCUCAGCCUGGACUCGUUAUUGUUGGGAUGCGACGACGCCCCUGCUUCCGCUUCCGGGCCCGCGCCCGUUCACACGCCGCUCCUCACUAAGGCUGCGGGCACUCUCUCGGUGUUACGAAACAGCGGGGGCAAAGGCGGGGGCGGAGCGCCCAGCACGGGGGGCGGGACACGACACUUCGGCCGCUGGGGCUCCCUCAAGGAUCGCCGGCAACCCUCGCAUCUAGAUUUAUACGCCCCGAGGCAAAGGCUGUCCACCGCAGACCAGGAUUCAGUGUCCGUAGAGAGUGGUUGGGCGGUGCGUCGCGCGUCUCUCUACGUAGUAUCGGAGAAGGGAAUAAGCGGUACCGGUACUGGUGGUGCGGAACCUGUUCCCGUGGAGUAUCCUGACGCGAGGCAUACCAAGCACGCUUUCAAGAAGUUAAUGAGGGCGGCUAUUCCUUCUGCCCCGGCGUCCGCCCCGGAUGAACCUGGGUUCCUCAGGUUGAUCGAAGAGUCUGGCUGGUUAUGGCAGCUGCGUCAGUUGUUCCAACUGUCUGGUGCCGUGGUAGACUUGUUGGAUCUCCAGGCGUCUUCUGUUCUACUCUCGUUAGAGGAUGGCUGGGAUGCUACUGCACAGAUCUCCUCGCUAGCUCAGAUCUGCCUGGACCCGUACUACAGGACCCUGGAAGGGUUCCGUAUCCUUGUAGAGAAGGAGUGGUUGGCCCUUGGCCAUAAGUUUCAGCAAAGGUCGAAUAUAGCACCGGCGCCACAACAAGGAUUCACGCCUACGUUCCUUAUGUUUUUGGACGCUGUACAUCAGCUGCAGAAACAGUUUCCUUUAUCGUUCGAGUUCAACGAUUUCUACUUACGUUUCGUGGCGUACCACAGCGUUUCGUGUCGAUUCCGAACGUUUCUGCUAGACAGCGAAGCUCAGCGGGCCGAGUUGGGACUGGCAGCAGCUGACGACAAACGGGCCGACACCAAUCGACUGGGUGUGGAGACAGGAGCGGGCCCUGAGGAAGAAGGCUCUGCACCAUUGGGACAGUCCAUGUUCGACUAUAUAGAUCGCCAUCACCAGAAAGCACCAAUCUUCUACAACUUCCUGUACACACCUGACUUGGAUAAUCCGGUAUUGAGGCCUGUAUCAUCACUCAACUGUCUAGAAGUGUGGCAAUACUACGUAAGCGAAGAAUUGAGUCACGGAGCUCCGUACGAUUUGGACACUCUUGCACCUCCAGAUCUCAACGAUACGCAGCGGAGAUUGGUCACCGCCGGGUACGACAGCGUGGCUCGUUGUAUGCCGGAUGCAUUCUCCGGACUUCUAGAACGAUUGCGUCAACUGGAAUUGGAGUUGGGACAUUUACCGCAGAAGUGGCGAGUACGCUGCGACCAACUCGACCUACCCAACACCACUGAGCUACAGCGCAACUCAUCAAUGUGCUCCGGUGUGGUCCGUCGAGCUACUUUAACCGCCCACAAACGUUCCACGCGCGAGAUAUUGGUCCGCGGGCGGUUAGCGGCCGCCCCGCCCGCGCCCGCCCACCGCUGGGCGCCCGCCGCCUCCGCCGCGCCCGCCCGCUGUGACCACUGCCAGGAUCUGCUCUGGGGACCCCUCAAGUCCGGUGUAAGAUGUAUGGAUUGCGGUGCAGCAUGCCACGAGAGAUGCGUGGAAACGUUCGCUCUAUCGUGCACCAAGUAUAAGGCGCCUCCCGCGCAAGACCGCGAGCCAAUGAGGCCGGCCACGGGGAACAGUGUGUCUACGCUACAGUCUUCUUCUCAACAGUACUACGAGCAGUUUUCUUCAAACGUAGCCGAGAAUCGAACCCACGAGGGGCAUCUGUACAAGCGAGGUGCUCUACUCAAAGGGUGGAAGCAACGUUGGUUCGUGUUGGACUCCAUCAAACAUCAGCUACGAUAUUACGACGCCAUGGAGGAUUCUCAUUGCAAAGGAUUUAUUGAUCUCGCCGAAGUGAUAACUGUGACGCAAGCGCCGGCCGCGCCCGGCCCGCCGAAGAAAUGCGACGACAGAUCCUUCUUUGACUUACGAACCAGCCGACGCACGUACAAUUUCUGUGCGAGUGACGCGGCCGCUGCGCAAGAGUGGAUAGAGAAACUGCAAGCUUGUCUUCAGUGAACAGAAAUAGACCUUGCCACCUUCGCUUUUCAGCUCAUUUUCGCAAAUCAGACUAUUCAAUUCGUCAAGAAAUCACAUUGCGUUUAUAAAGCCCCAUCUUAUGUGAGUAACCAACUACGACGCUACUUUUUUUUUCAAAUAUUACUAAAAGCCAUCCAUAUGCUUAAUAGAAUUGUUUUAGACUGAUUUUAAUGCGCUUUUAUAUCUACUGUAACCAAUUAUUCGUUCAGUUGAAAUUUGUAAAUUUAUACUUGUGUAAAGAUCUGAUGUUACGUUUUCUUCUUUGAAUCGGUCGAUGAGACUUCAAAUAUGGUAAAAUUUCCUUUGUACGCUUUAAUAACUUUAUCAAGUAUACUUAAGCAAGUCCUAUGUUUUGUUUUAAUGUGGGUUUCGUGGAAAAAAAACACAAAUUAUCACGAAAUAUGACUCUUUAGAAGUACGAAACUUAUAAGUUUUGUUUUGAAAAAUUGUUGUGCUAUUAGUAUGAACAGAUUUUAACAAACAGUUUCUAAACACUCAUCAACGUGUCAUACUCAUACGACUCCGAUCUCGACUCGACAUAACCUGCGCUAGUGUCGCGAACGCAGUUAUUUAUACUUUAGACUUAAUAAUAAUUAUUAUUGUCGACAAAAUAGAAUUAGAAAUGAUAUUGUUACGUUGGGUAUUUGUAAAUAUUUUAUCUUAUUAUUGUUGUGUAAAGUAUUAUGUUCUAUUUCAUGUGUAUUUACAAGUGGACGACUCCGGAAUGAUGGAAAUUGAAGUGUUUUAGUUAUUGUCACGCUACUUUCCUCAUUUCGAUAUCGGACUGUGAAAAUGUUAAACAUUUUUGUAUGAUAUUGUUCUUUGAGUAUUUGUAUUGUUUAUGUAACGCAAUGAGGCACACAACAUUUGGGAAUCUUGUUAGGAACUUUUGUCGCAGGCUGUUUUAGAUGUUGACAAAGAAUUCCAUAUUGUAGUUAAGUUAAUAUUCUCUUUUUCUUAACUUUCAAUGCACUGGAAUGCUUAUUAGAUUUUGCAUUUUUUUCCGCUGCUGCGAUAACGGUAUGAAAUUUUUGGUAUCUUAAAGUGAAUAAAUAACGUAUAAAUUGCAGCUAGGUACUUAUUAAUAUAAUUUAAUCUUUCGAAAGAGAAAUUCAUUGAAUUGAUGUAUAUUUAAUUUACAGCUGAUUUAUUAAAAUAAUUAUAAAACAUUCUAAUUUUAACAAUAAAAUUAUAGUAAUCAAUUCCCAUAUUCUGUUCUUUUAACGUUAAAAAGUACACUGUCAUAUUUUUUUAUUAUAUUCUCAACUUAAAAUUUUUCUUGCAUUCCAGGCAUUGCGUGGUGACGUCAAAUAUCGUAAUAUUUAUUUGUGUGUAGUUAAAUAAUAAAACAUAUGAGGAAUUCGACAUUUUUAAGUUAAACGUAAUCACAUUCCUUAUAUUUUUAUUAUAGAUGCGUUUAGUUGGAAGUAACAUGCGUUGGAUUACUUAUUUUUCAAAGAUAUUAUUUUUGUACGCUACUGGAGCUGAUACUCAUUUAUCGUUAUAUUUAAUUAAAGUCGGCCCUGUAUGUUUUGUAAAUAGGUUACGUUACGUUAUCACAUAUCAACGUCUUCACGCGGAGACCAAUGUGUACAUAGUUGAGGGAGGUAGCCUGCGCCGCCUUGUAAUAGUUCCCAACACAUUACGGUUAGAUUUGUUUAGAAAAUUCAUUGCAUUGUGGGUAUAAUUACUUUUAAAAAACGUAAACCAAAAAAAGAAACCUGUUUAGGAAAACUAGGUAGAGCUAACCUUUACUGUCAUUGGCCAGAUUGUAUCGUUGUGUUUUUCCAGCCAAUGGUAGCGCUCGUACUCGUGUGUGAUAAAGAAAGCGCUCCACUAACUCGUUUUCGUAAACAGAGUAUUGCUGUAAUAGUAGAUCCUAAAAAUAGAAAUAAGUAAUAUAAAAUCACGCAGUCAAAUUCAACUUUUCCCCCUAAGCAAUACAACCUUCUUAGUAUUCUGUGUCAAAUCCAUACUGCAGAAAAUUUAGUUCCAGUUAUUAAAGUGGAUCAUACUAAGGACUCGCUCCAUCUAACCCACAUAGUCCUAUUUCGAUAAAUCUUUAAGAUAAUCCUUUCUUACUUCUUGAAGAGUUGAUCGACAGACGUGUUUGGUCGACGUCUUACGCUUUCAUUUACUAUUAGAAUUGAUCAGAAUAAAUCUAACCGCGAUGUGGGGGAAACGCAGCACAGUAGUUUUAGAGUGAGGCCAAACGUUAGUACUGUAAAUAGAAAAUACAAAAUGUUAAUCUUUUAUGUACUAUUAUCAUAAACAUCUCAUCGAUGAGAGGGAAUGAUGAAUUUGUAGCAGUCCUCAAUUUUAGAGAAGAAUGGCCGAAGAGUUCCAGUACACUUUAAGUAUGAUUCUCGUUUACCCUCACUCGUGAUGGCAGCAGGCAGGCUUUCCACCCUAUAGUGUUGAAACGGCGACGAGCCCAAGAGAUUAUUUGUGCCAAAUAUGCACACGGUGCACACUUACUCCAUUGCUCACCUAAUAUUGACGAGCACACUAAAUAUAGAAAUCGAAGUGAUGUGUUUAGAGCUUGGGCGGAUGCAGACGAGGCGAUAAUUGUUAUGACUUUGAAGAAUUAUAAGAUGUACCUUGGUAUAUCCAAAAUUCAUCAUAGACUUACGUUUAAUUGUAGUAGUUGGUGUACUACCACUUCGAAAUGCAAAGCGCUUACGUUCGAUUUUGACAUUUUAGUCUCCUAUUUAUAAUUCUGUUAUCGGAAACAAUUAGGCAUCUCGCGUACUAAACGACCACGACCACGAUCAAUGUACGUCUAGUGCCCGAGAUGCCUUAUAGUAUAAAAUCUGGUAGCUCCAAAACAUCUUCAAAGAUGCACUAAUUCAAGCCUUAUUAGGAACAACAACACAAAGAAGAUUGUUGUUACAAAAUUUAUUGGUGAAGACCUGUAAUUGGUUUUGUAUUGUUAUUUAAGUUUUUAUUAUUUUGAUUAAUAGCUGUAGGGCUUCCAAAAAAAAAAUAAAAAAUUUUUUUUUUUUCGGUAUGAUUUUGAGAAGCGGAUUAGUUCAACUUACACACACUUACACGAACAUUUAAUGAUCACAUCUCAAAACCUGAAACCUAAAAUCUGCCUUUGUUGAAAGUAUGAUAAUAUUAAAAUACAUUUAAAUUUUUACGUGUUUAAAGUUAUGAUAACAAUGUAAAGCUUAAGUACUUUUCAACCUCAACAACGAAUCAUAGGAAAUUCGCCGUUAAUAACAAUACUCGCCUCGCCUGAAAUCACGCAGCUAUAGCAAUAUUUCAUUGAUUUCGAAACAAGUGUUGUGCUUUUUAAGCUUCCAAAAAUCGUUAUCAAAGUGUCACUCAUUAACAGACACUAACGAAUGGUAUCAAAUUAAAUUAGUGUAAGCUCGCUUCGCCGAACAAAAUGAAUGAUGUUAACUGUGAUGUCUAUUGCUGUACGCAAUGUCUCGAACCCUAGUGUAUUUUAGUGCAAUAAUAUUGAACGUGGCUAGUGUUGUAACCUGAAUUGUAGUGUCACAAUAUCAUAUACUAAUGUACAGCGGUAGGGCAAGCCGUUACCCGUGUAACUUUGCACUGCGUACCAUCAAAUAAACAGAUCGACUUUUAAAUA